CACUUUCUGUUCUUUGAAGUCUAUUUAACUGUUUUUGUUUGUUUUUUUUAGCAAGAGUAGAAAACAUUUCCAAGACCUGUUCAUUACCUCACCAUUGUUCUAAAGUACUAUGAGUUUUAUGACUAAAUUUUCUUUAAAAAAAAAAGAAAAGAUUUUUUAAUAAUUUCUUUUUAUUCAUGUACAGUGUCUCCUUAAUUUGCUGUGUUCUGCAUUCAUUCCUCGGCUGCACUCCUUUGGCUCUAAUGUUUGAUUUUAAGAAAAAUGUUUUCAAAAUGGUGUAUGUUUGGUUGUUUGUGCAUAUCCUGUUUGUACUAAACCGGUCAGAGGAGCUGGUCAUGUGAUUUUUGCCUUCAAAAUAAAAGCACACUAGCUUUUCUUAUAUUUGUCCAAACCGACUUGAUUGGAUGUUUAAAUCCAGGUUAUAUUUCAUGAAAUCUGAUUCUUUAAAUAGGACAUUAUAGAUUUCUGCAGCACCACACUGAUAAGAGCAGCGCUCCUGUAUCCAUCCUUUUCACAAUCUGCUGAUUCUCGCUCAUCUAUUUGAGAUCUGCCUCCAACAUGUAGCCACCCGCGUACUGAUAGCAGAGCUCCAUCCAUGCCGUGUCUAAACAGCGACUUUUGCAUCCACCCAGCCGGCCGUGACACAAACAUCCCGUCCUGUGUUCUUUCACCAUGCUGCAGAUCGGAGAUGAGGUGGUGUAUUUCUCAGUGGUGUUUCUGCUGGUUGUACUGGUAACUAGAAGCGCCACUUGGGCCACCCUCCUCACCGCGUUUCUCUACAUCUUCAUGGUGAUGUUCCGCUUCCCUCCGGUGCCGGCGGACCGGGCCGCUCGAGUCCUGCGGCCCGGCGCUCUCUCCUCAGGCGGCGGCGUCCCGGUGGUGGCGCACCGCGGAGGAAGCCACGACGCUCCGGAGAACACCUUGGCAGCGAUCAGAGAGGCUAGUAGGAACGGGGCCACCGGAGUGGAACUGGACCUGAGUUUCACAGCCGACGGAGUCCCAGUCCUGAUGCACGAUGAGACCGUGGACCGAACCACCAAUGGGUCUGGACCAAUCAGCAAACUUCAGUUUGUUCAGCUCAGGAGACUCAAUGCUGCUGCUCACCACAGGAUGAAGGACAGAUUUAAUGUAGAGAAGGUUCCAACUCUGCAGGAAGCUGUGGAGGAAUGCAUCAGGCACCAGCUGACCAUCUUCUUUGAUGUCAAAGGUCAACCUGAUAUGGCUGUAUCAGUGCUUCACAACAUGUUUAAGAAGUUCCCGGUGCUUUACAACUCCAGCGUUGUUUCCUCCUUUGAACCCAAAGUCAUCUACAAGAUGCGUCAGACUGACCCCCACGUGAUCACAGCUCUCACCCACCGGCCCUGGAGACUGAGCCGUUUUGGAGACGGCACGCCUCGUUCUCUGUCGACGUGGAGCCAGUUGUGGACCGGUGUUCUGGACGUCUUGUUGGACUGGGCCCACCAUCGCGUACUGUGGAAACUUUGUGGGAUCUCUGCCAUUCUUGUGCAGAAAGACUUCAUCUCACGGGACUAUGUUCAGUAUUGGGCAGAGCGAGGAGUGGAGGUGGUGGGCUGGACUGUUAACACUGCUGUGGAGAAGGAGUACUACCAAAACCUGCUGAAGAUCAGCUACAUGACUGACAGUCUGCUGGAGGACUGUGAUCCUCAUUAUUGAGCGAUACCACACAGCCACACACACAGAAAUCUUCCAGACUUACAGGUUCUCAAUAUAACCAAAUUAGAUCUUAGAAACUCGUUGGUUUGACAAAGGGUAUGAUUAAGAAGUGCAAUCAUUCAUUUCUACUCCUGCGUACAAGUAAAUAAAAACCAUACCCGAUUUAAAGUGGUUAAUCUCCCCUUCAAGGCAGCCUCCUUAGGAAGUCCUCUUGCUCUUCCAUAAAUCUCCUCUGUGUCAAAAUGGUGACCCUUCAACUUGAAUUCCCUCAGAAAUCUCAGGACAUUACAGUACACCUCAGAGUGAACAGUGUCAGCCUGGGAUGGGAACAGUCACAGCUCAAAACCUGCUCGGUGCUGCAAAAAUGAUGAGCGUGCAUGGUGUGUAGUGAAAUCAAAGAAGCAGAAGAACGAGUGGUCACGACUGAAGUGCUGCAGCGCCUCACGAGGAGCUGACUUUUAGGUGGAGAUCUGCCAGAUUCAUAACCAGUGCAGUUUAUUUUUAAAGAAUAGCAACACAUGUCAUUUUUCCUUUUAAUAAUCCUAAAAAUCCUAUAUAAUAAAGUGAGAGUGUUGAUAAUACUGAAAGAUAAAUUAUAAAAUGGAAUAAAGCUAGAAGUUUGGUGCUAGCUAAUUCUGUGAUGGCAACCAGUUCCACAGAAAUACACCGGUUUACAGUGUUGUGCAAAAGUCUUGAGCUAACACUUGU